UAUACAGAUUACGGAACCCAGUCCAGUUCAGUUGAAUAUUGAAUAAUCAGCGGUAAUAACACUAGGCUAUAGUAUUUCUUUUGCCCUUUUUUUCUCAUGAUACUGAUGGCAUUCCCCAUGUUCGGAAAUCUGCAUAUUUGCACUAAUUAAUAUAAUUAAUAUAGAUUCUAUCAUUCAUUCGGAUUCCCUGGGAUAAUAGGAUGCAUUGAUUGCACCCAUGUAGCAAUUUUCCCCCCACCGAGAAACGAUACAUCAUAUCCCGAACAUAUAUAUAUUAAUAGGAAAAAUUACCAUUCUAUUAAUGUUCAGCUGGUAUGUAUCAUAUCAGUGGAAAUAUAAUUAAACCCUAUAGUAUUAUUUGCACUAUGUAUAUUUCAAGAUAUGUGAUGCUAAAAUGAGAAUCACCAAUGUUAACUCCAAAUUCCCAGGAAGUAGCCAUGACUGUCACAUUUGGAAUAACUCAAGGGUACAGGAUGCUGUAAGGCAUAUAAGUGAUGCUCAUCCAGACUUCUUCCUCAUUGGAGACUCGGGAUAUCCCCUAAGGCCUUGGUUGUUAACUCCACUUCAAGAUCCCUCGCCAGAUACACCAGAAUUCCGAUACAACAAGGCUUUCAAAAAAGCCAGAUGUACUAUUGAAAGGUGCAAUGGUUUACUGAAAAUGCGUUUUAGAUGUUUGUUGAAGCAUAGGGUUUUACAUUAUGCACCAAAUGUUUGUGCAAAAAUAAUAAAUGCCUGUGUAGUUUUACACAAUAUUUGUUUGGAAAACAACAUUCCAAAUCCGGAUGGUUUGGAUUAUGAAAAUGGAGAUUUAGGAAUUUAUGGACCUAUGCAACAUAUAGAAAAUUUUACUAGUGGUAAUAACACACAAAAUGCUGAACUUAUUAGAGGAAGGAAUGUACAAAGGAAUAUUAUCAGAAAUUAUUUCAAUUGA